AGCGCAAAACUGAGCGAAGCUACUAGAAUCAAUUCGCGAACGACGAUGAGGAAGUGGACGAUCCCUUCCGCUCUGUUUCUCCUCUGCCUCCUCUUCCUUCUCCCAGAUCAGGGUCGUAAAUUGCAGGCAAAUGCGGAGGGUAGCUCCGACGAUCUUGUAGAUCCGCCGAAGGUCGAAGAAAAGAUCGGCGCGGUUCCGAAUGGUCUUUCUACCGAUUCUGACGUCGUCAAGAGGGAGGCGGAGUCGAUUUCGAAGAGAUCUCUUCGCAGCAAUGCGGAGAAGUUUGAGUUCCAGGCAGAGGUGUCUCGGCUCAUGGAUAUUAUUAUCAAUUCCCUUUACAGCAACAAAGAUAUUUUCUUGAGGGAGUUGAUAUCCAACGCUUCUGAUGCGAUAGACAAAAUUAGAUUCCUUUCCCUCACAGACAAAGAGAUAUUGGGCGAAGGUGACACCGCCAAGCUUGAGAUCCAGAUUAAAUUGGACAAGGAGAAGAAAAUCCUUUCGAUACGCGACAGAGGUAUUGGAAUGACAAAGGAGGAUCUGAUUAAGAACUUGGGUACUAUAGCAAAGUCUGGAACGUCAGCAUUUGUCGAAAAAAUGCAGACAAGUGGAGACCUCAAUCUCAUUGGUCAAUUUGGUGUUGGUUUCUACUCUGUUUAUCUUGUCGCUGACUACGUUGAAGUUAUUAGCAAACACAAUGAUGACAAGCAGUACGUUUGGGAGUCGAAGGCUGAUGGUGCAUUCGCCAUUUCUGAAGAUAGAUGGAAUGAGCCACUAGGACGUGGAACCGAGAUUAGAUUGCACCUUCGAGAUGAAGCCGGGGAGUACUUGGAAGAGAGCAAACUGAAGGAAUUAGUGAAACGAUAUUCUGAAUUCAUUAACUUCCCCAUCUAUCUCUGGGCAAGCAAAGAGGUUGAUGUAGAGGUUCCCGCUGAUGAAGAUGUGACUAGCGAGGAAGAGGAAUCAUCUGAAAAAAGUUCGACAGAGGAGGAAGGAGAAGAUGAAGAUGCUGAGGAAAAAUCAAAGGCAAAGACUGUUAAGGAAACAACUUACGAGUGGGAGCUUUUGAAUGAUGUUAAAGCUAUAUGGCUGCGGAAUCCAAAGGAGGUCACAGAGGAAGAGUACAGCAAAUUCUACCACUCUCUUGCAAAGGAUUUCAGCGAUGAGAAGCCUUUAGCAUGGAGUCACUUUUCCGCGGAAGGUGAUGUGGAAUUCAAGGCUGUACUAUUCGUGCCUCCUAAGGCUCCUCAAGAUCUUUACGAGAGCUACUACAACUCCAAUAAAUCCAACUUGAAGUUGUAUGUCCGAAGGGUCUUCAUCUCAGAUGAAUUUGAUGAGCUUGUACCCAAAUAUCUGAACUUUUUGCAGGGUCUUGUUGAUUCUGAUACUUUGCCUCUCAAUGUGUCAAGAGAAAUGCUUCAACAACACAGCAGUUUGAAAACUAUUAAGAAAAAGCUCAUCCGCAAGGCACUUGAUAUGAUUCGUAAACUUGCUGAUGAGGAUCCUGAUGAGUCCAAUGACAAAGACAAGAAAGAUGUUGAGAAGUCCAGCGAUGAUGAUGAGAAGAGGGGCCAAUACACAAAAUUCUGGAAUGAAUUUGGGAAGUCUAUCAAAUUAGGUAUCAUCGAGGAUGCAACAAACAGGAAUCGUUUGGCAAAACUUCUGAGAUUUGAGAGCACCAAGUCAGAUGGCAAACUCACGUCAUUGGAUCAGUACAUCUCGAGAAUGAAAUCAGGACAGAAGGAUAUAUUCUACAUAACUGGAAACAGCAAAGAGCAAUUGGAAAAAUCUCCAUUCCUUGAGAGGCUUAAAAAGAAGAAUUAUGAGGUCAUUUUCUUUACAGAUCCUGUCGAUGAGUACCUGAUGCAAUACUUGAUGGAUUAUGAAGACAAGAAAUUCCAGAACGUGUCCAAGGAGGGUCUGAAACUUGGAAAAGACUCGAAAGCGAAAGAACUCAAGGAAUCAUUCAAGGAUCUCACCAAGUGGUGGAAGAGUGCUCUUGCCAGUGACAAUGUGGAUGACGUGAAGGUGUCCAACCGUUUGGAUGACACUCCUUGUGUGGUCGUGACAUCGAAGUAUGGAUGGAGCGCAAACAUGGAGAGGAUCAUGCAAUCUCAGACCCUAUCAGAUGCUAGCAAACAAGCAUACAUGCGCGGGAAGAGGGUGCUCGAGAUCAACCCCAGGCACCCAAUCAUCAAGGAGCUCCGAGAGAGAGUAGUGAAGGACCCUGAGGAUGAGAGCGUGAAGCAAACAUCACAGCUCAUCUACCAGACUGCACUCAUGGAGAGUGGCUUUAUGCUCACUGAUCCCAAGGACUUUGCCAACCGAAUCUACAGUUCAGUCAAGUCAAGCCUAAACAUCAACCCCGACGCUAUGGUUGAGGGGGAAGAUGACGCUGAAGAAGUCGAGGCGGAAAGCAACACCAAAGAAGCUGCUGACACUCCCAAGGCUGAAGACAACUCAGAAGGUUUGAAGGUUGAAUUGUAGAUGCUUCAACGGCGAUCGAAUCUCCUUGGUUAAAUCGAUGGGGCCUUUGUUAAGUUUUUUCAUGUUUUAUAGUCUCUGAGAGAAAUGGAAAUAUUUGCAUCACGCGUUUUGAUUUGCUUGUGGAUGCUAGAGAAGCCAUUAAACGUUAGAUUACUGUAACCAUAAUUAUAUUACCAGGAAUUUUGUGUUGUAGCAUCGGUUAUGAUGUCAAUUGCAAGCUCUAUAAUGCGUUUUUCCCCCA